AUGGUGGCAACGACUGUUUCCAAAUGCGGAAACCCGAAGGGACAGGCACUGCUGGAGCCCCGGGGCCGCGACAAACUUCCGCCCACGGCUUCACGGCCCAGCAGGCUCGGCGUCCCGCUCCGGCUGCCGCCCGCGCUAGGCCCUAACGACGCGGCGGCGCGAGGCCAACCAGGCCCCGCUCCACAGCUCCCUUCCCGCGACGCAGAUCUGCAGACAAUGAGGGCCAUGGAGAAGCUGGGUGGGGUGGGCAAGCUGGAGGAGGCCCGGGUCCUGUGCCAGGAACCACCUGCUUCUCAUAGCUGCUCACGGGAGCUGGAGGAGGAGAUUGCGAGAGUGGUCCUGUCUGUUUCUGUCACAGGCACCAAGAGGGCCCCCAACCACCUGGAUUCUCUUCUUACCAAAUGUGGUUUCCUCUUGCAUCCUGCUCACGAGGGCGGCUUCAUCUUCCGAGCGCUGUAUUCUGGCUGCUUUGUGCAGAAAGAGAAAGCAAAUUACAGGUUGGAAAUCAGAAUGUUUCAAAAAGGGGCAAGAAGGUUGAAGCAGAAUGAUCGCUACAUAAUGACGUGUCCCGUGAUCACAUCGAGGCUGGAUGAACAAAGUGUCCGCUGCCACCCCUCAUUCAUUCAGGUCUCUAGGCCCUUGCCUCCAAGGAUCGAUGGUGGACAGACCCCAUGGUUGCUGUCCCUUCGAGGGGAGCUGGUGGCUUCUCUGGAGGACGCCAGCUUGAUGGGCUUAGAUGUGGACAUUGGUGCCAGCACAGUCACCGUCCAAAGCCCAAGACAAGAACUUCUUCAGAGGCAGGAGGUAUGGAACACUUCCCUGGAGCUCCUGCCUCUCUGGCUGGUGAGCGGCUCCUACGCCUAUUCCCUCAAGGCUGCGUGCCCACUGGCAUCGUCUCAGCCAGGGUCGGAGAUCUCAGUUCACAUCCCCAAACAGAGACUGGGUCUGGUCAGGAGAGGAUCCCGUGUGGAAGAAUCUCUGAGCCCCAGAUUCCUUCGGGUGCACCAGUCCGACACCUUCACAGUGACCGAGGACAGGGACUUCGUGGUCGUCAGCAUCCCAGCAUCGCUGCUGCUCCAGGACCAGCCAUGCCCAGAGGCCAGAGACUCCCCAGGGACACGAGCUUUCUACAGGAUAGACCUGAGCCUGGCCUUUGCAGAGAUGGUCUCUCCAGUGCACUGGACAGUAGAGAACUUUUUCCAGUGUGUGGGUUCAAGAGAAGAGUCGCUUGUCUCAACCGCCGCACCAGGGACUGCUCUACCCACCCUGUCCCCUGGAUGGGAGACUUCUUCAGCAGAAGUGCCAUCUGCAGCCUCUCCCCAGUUCCAGAGCCCACGAAUGGCUGCCCUGGAUGAGCGCCUUCAGCAUUUUGUGCACCAGCCCGCUAAAGAAACCACUAAGGCAAAUUCACAGCCGUGUGCUGUUCCCUAUCCAAGGGUCUGGUCCCCAUGAGGCACUGAUGGCCUCAACUGGGCCUAAGCCCUUUCUUUCAACACCUUCAU